UUCUUUCAGGUUGUCGGCUUCAUCUAUGGCUUUGUGAUUGAACAGUUUGGCUGGACAGUAUACAUAGUGAUUGCUGGCUUUGCUGUGUCUUGCUUGUUAACACUUCCUCCUUGGCCAAUGUAUCGUCGCCAUCCACUAAAAUGGCUUCCCGUCCAGGACAGUGCUACAGAUGACAAGAAACAGCAAGACAAAAAAUCCAAAAAGCACAAGUAA